AGAUCCACACCUCAGAUUGCUGCGGGCACCACUAAGAACGUCACGGCAGGCCGUGGCCAGUAGACGAAACGAAGGAAGCAGGGCUUAGAAGAAGUGUCCCCCCAGGAGCCUCACCCAGACCCUGGAUACUGCGAAUGAGGCCGACCAUGUUCUGGCCAAGAGAGCCUGAGCCCUUGUGACGUUGGCAAUGACAAGUCUGAACGGUCGCCAUGCCGAAGAAACCACCGACAUGCCAAAACCGCCAGCCCCCAGAGUGCACGUGCAGAGGUCCGCGUCCCGAGACACUAUUGCCAUUCACUUCUCGGCAUCCGGCGAGGAGGAGGAGGAGGAGGAGGAGGGGCUGAAGGAUUACCUUGAGGAGGGGCUCAAUGACCAAAGCAUUGUGACGGGGCUGGAAGCCAAGGAAGACCUUUAUUUUGAACCCCCAGAUGGCCGUGACCAUGCGGGCCCUGUCACCCAGCCCAUCCUGGCAGACGGCCUGCCGGUGUCUCCUGCCAUUUUGCCCGUCUCCGAGAACACUGUAAAGCUGCUGGAGUCGCCUCCUCCGGCAGCACAAGUAUUAAGUACAGUGCCACUGGCUCUGUCCCCGGGGUCAUCUUCAUCGGGGCCCUUAGCUAGCUCUCCCAGUGUGUCGUCUCUUUCUGAGCAGAAAACCAGUUCCUCCUCUCCACUGUCCUCCCCGUCCAAGUCUCCCGUCCUCUCAUCCAGUGCCUCGUCCUCCGCCCUCUCCGGCGCAAAGCCCUUCAUGAGCCUUGUGAAGUCCCUGUCAACCGAGGUGGAGCCAAAAGAAUCCCCACACCCUCCAAGGCACAGACACUUGAUGAAGACGCUGGUCAAGUCUCUGUCCACAGACACCGCAAGGCAGGAGGCAGACACUGUGUCCUACAAGCCACCCGACUCCAAGCUGAAUCUGCACCUGUUCAAGCAGUUCACACAGCCGCGGAACACAGGUGGCGAUUCCAAAACUGCACCCUCUUCCCCCCUGACUUCUCCCUCGGACACACGCUCCUUUUUCAAAGUGCCCGAAAUGGAGGCUAAGAUUGAAGACACUAAGCGACGCCUUUCUGAAGUCAUAUACGAGCCGUUUCAGCUCCUUAGUAAGAUCAUGGGGGAAGAAAGCGGCAGCCACCGGCCCAAAGCCUUAUCUUCAAGUGCUUCCGAGCUCUGCAACCUGUCGGGCUUGAAUGGUCACUUGGACAGCAGCAACUACAGCAUCAAGGAAGAGGACUGUGACUCUGAGGGCGACGGCUCUGGCAGCGAGCUCAGCCUGCCCCGGAGCGACCACCCAAAGUCCACGGAAGAGCCCCCCAGAGAGGUGGAAGGGAAGAGCUCCCAGGCGAGCAGUGGCAAGGAUUUGGGCCUGAAGACGAGCUCUCUGGUUCUUGAGAAGUGCUCCUUGUCUGCCUUAGUGAGCAAAGAAGAUGAAGAGUUCUGUGAGCUGUACACCGAGGACUUUGAUCUGGAAGCAGAGGGGGAGAGUAAAGCGGACAAGCUCCCGGGCGUGGCCCUCAAGCCAGAGGUGCCGGCAGACGCCCGCGAGGCUCUCGACAGCGAUGACGAGACGGACCCGGCCGGGCAGCACCCGGAGUUGCCCGUGAGGACGCUGGGCCUCUUCAUCGUGUGCGUGUACGCGUACCUCAUCCUGCCCCUGCCCCAUUAUGUCAGCGGGCUCCUCCUGGGGAUCGGCCUCGGCUUCAUGACUGCGGUCUGCAUGAUCUGGCUCUUCACACCACCAAGUGCUCAGAGAUACCACCGGCUGCGUAAAAACCCACAACACUGGAGCUGCAGGCCUCUGGCUAUCAAGGAACCCGAAAUACUGAAGGGCUGGAUGAAUGAGAUCAGCAGCUAUGACCCGGAGACGUACCACGCUACCUUGACACAUUCGGUCUUUGUUCGGCUUGAAGGUGGGACCUUAAGACUUUCAAAACCCAAUAAGAACAUAUCCAGGAGGGCAAGCUACAAUGAAGCAAAGCCAGAGGUCACCUACAUCAGCCAGAAAAUCUACGACCUCUCGGACAGUAAGAUUUAUCUUGUGCCUAAAAGUUUGGCUCGGAAACGAAUCUGGAAUAAAAAAUACCCAAUUUGUAUUGAACUUGGUCAACAAGAUGACUUUAUGUCCAAGGCCGAGACGGAUAAGGAGCUUCCUGCAGAAAAACCGCCAGCUGAGAGAGAACUGGGAGGCGAGGACCCUAAAAGGCUUCCCCAUUCUCAGGAGGGAACCAGAUCUGGCCAGCGAGACCAGAUACUCUAUCUCUUUGGGAGGACUGGCCGAGAAAAAGAAGAGUGGUUUAGGAGAUUGAUUCUGGCAUCUAAGUUCAAGUCUGAGCUCAGAAAGCCAGCUGGUAUCUCUGGGACUAAGCCAGGGCCUAUGCCCUCACACAGCAGACACAGCAGUCCGUCGGGGCAGCCGACACACAGCCGAAGCAGCAGCAAGGGCAGCGCGGAGGAGAUGAUGUCCCGGCAGAAGGAGCUUCUGGGCUACAGCGUGUACAUGGCCCGCGUCGUCCCGCAGGACAGCUGCAGCCCGCAGAGGAGCCCCGCGCACAGUGCCGAGAGCAGCCCCACAGCUGGGAAGAAGUUGCCAGAAUCCCAGCCCUCUGAGGAGGAAGAGCAGGAAGCCUGGGUGAAUGCCUUGCUUGGCAGGAUGUUCUGGGACUUCCUGGGAGAGAAAUACUGGUCCGAUCUGGUGUCGAAGAAAAUCCAGAUGAAACUCAGCAAAAUAAAGCUCCCCUACUUUAUGAAUGAGUUAACUCUGACGGAACUUGACAUGGGGGUAGCUGUGCCAAAAAUCCUGCAGGCCUUCAAGCCUUAUGCUGAUCACCAAGGACUCUGGAUCGAUUUGGAAAUGUCCUACAAUGGGUCCUUUCUGAUGACUCUUGAGACCAAAAUGAAUUUGACCAAACUAGGUAAAGAGCCUCUUGUUGAAGCCCUGAAGGUUGGAGAAAUUGGCAAAGAAGGAAGCUUGUUCUUUCUUCAUGAUUCUGUACAUAAAGGCACACUUCACAGACCUGAAAGGAUUGAGAUCAGGAGUUGCAGGCCCCGGGCUUACUGUCUGGCGGACAGCGAGGAGGAGUCCUCCAGUGCCGGCUCCUCAGAUGAAGAUGACGCUCCGGAGCCCAGUUCAGGGGACAAAACACUUCUCCCAGGGGCUGAAGGGUAUGUUGGAGGCCACCGAGCAAGCAAGAUCAUGAGGUUUGUGGAUAAAAUCACCAAAUCUAAAUAUUUCCAAAAAGCAACUGAGACAGAGUUCAUCAAAAAGAAGAUGGAAGAAGUCUCCAACACACCCCUCCUGCUAACUGUCGAAGUCCAAGAAUGCAGAGGAACCUUGGCGGUCAACAUCCCGCCUCCCCCAACUGACCGGAUAUGGUACGGCUUCCGGAAGCCUCCAUACAUAGAGCUGAAAGCUCGGCCAAAACUUGGAGAGAGAGAAGUGACUCUGGUCCAUGUGACAGACUGGAUAGAGAAGAAGCUGGAGCAGGAGUUCCAGAAAGUCCUGGUGAUGCCAAACAUGGACGACGUGCACGUGCCCCUGAUGCACUCGGCCAUGGACCCGCGCUCCGCCGCCCGCCUCGCCGGGGACCCGCCCGCGGACGCCGAGGCCGCCGCCCAGCCGUAGGGAGCCGCGUCGAGUGCUGCCGCCCGCCGCCCCCGCACCUUGCCGCGCCCGCGGGCGACACCGCACAUUAAAGCGUUUGCCUUCCCUCC